AAAACAAUGGAUAAGAAAUCGCUCCAACUCAGUAGAGCUGUCGAGUGUUUGAGCUUCUAAUAAGCCAUGGCUGGGAUCACCACCAGCUUCGCAUCCAAGCCUAUCCUAUCCCGGACAACUCCCAAAACGACGCCGUUUCCAUUCUCACUGUCCUCCUCCUUCGAGUCCAAGCUCUUCGGCCUUCGCUUUAAUACCGUUUAUCUGAUAAAUCCGAGCUCUUGUAGCUCUCUCUCCUCCGCCGUCAGCAGCCCAGUCACGGCUCGUUUCGGCGGCGGCGGGCCCCGGAGGUCGAGCAAUGACCGCCGGAGACAGCAAAGCGAUGCCGAGGAUGAUGAUAAAGCACUUGAUAUCUCCACUAUAAGGUCAGCUUCGGUGAGGCUUAUUGAUCAGAAGCAGGAAAUGGUUGGAGUGGUAUCGAAGAGCGAGGCGAUUCGAAUGGCUGAUGAGGCUGACCUUGAUUUGGUAAUAUUGUCUCCAGAUGCAGAUCCUCCAGUUCUCAGGAUUAUGGAUUACAAUAAAUAUCGGUAUGAGCAACAAAAGAAGAAAAGAGUGUCGCAGAAGAAAAGCGCAGCCAGUCGCAUGGAUUUGAAGGAGCUCAAAAUGGGUUACAACAUUGAUCAACAUGAUUAUUCUGUACGUAUGAGAGCCGCUCAGAAGUUUCUGAAAGAUGGUGAUAAGGUCAAGGUUAUGGUCAACUUGAAAGGUCGGGAAAAUGAGUUCCGAAAUAAAGCUAUCGAGCUUCUCAAACGCUUUCAAAGUGAAGUUGGGGAGCUUGCAACAGAGGAAGCCAAAAGCUUCAGCGACAGAAACAUGUUUAUAGUUUUAGUUCCAAACAAGGCUAUUCUCCAGAAAGCUCAAGAGCCGUCAAAGAAAAAGGAGAACCCUGCAGUGAAUGAAGUAUCAUCAAGUGUCUGAGUGGACUCAAAUUUUUAAGCAGGUUUAACAAAUACAAAAUUCAGUGGCCAUUUCAAAACAAAAAAAAAAUCCAGUGGCAUCAUUAAUUGUUCUUCAAACUAGGUUGGGUGGGUAUCUUUGAGGAUGUGUAUAGCAUUAGUGUAAUACAUGUAUUAGUGUAUGACUGUCUUUUCAAUCAAGAAGCUAGUGAAGUUUUGUAGACCGUGCUUUUGAAAAAUUUAAAAGCUUCUAUUUGAAGCCAAAUGU